AUGGUAAUCAGGGCUCCUGCAGCACACUCCUCCUCUGUGGACCCGCCCCUGACCACAUCCUGCAGCACACCCCUCCUCUGUGAACCCGCCCCUGACCACAUCCUGCGUCGUUGUUGGGGAUGUCACGUAUACAGACCCAGUCCUAUGACCAAGCCUGAGCCCUGCAGCAGCUAUACGCCCAAUCACCAGACCCAGACCCAGACCCAGCUCCAGGCCUUUACUCCUCCCAGACCCAGCUCCAGGCCCAGCUCUAGACCCAGCUCCAGGCCUUCACCCAGACCCAGCUCCAGGCCUUUACUCCACCCAGACCCAGCUCCAGACCUUUACUCCACCCAGACCCAGCUCCAGGCCUUUACUCCACCCAGACCCAGCUCCAGACCUUUAAUCCACCCAGACCCAGCUCCAGACCCAGCUCCAGACCUUUACUCCUCCCAGACCCAGCUCCAGACCUUUACUCCACCCAGACCCAGCUCCAGGCCUUUACUCCACCCAGACCCAGCUCCAGACCUUUACUCCACCCAGACCCAGCUCCAGACCUUUACUCCACCCAGACCCAGUUCCAGGCCUUUACUCCACAAAGACCCAGCUCCAGACCCAGCUCCAGGCCUUUACUCCAUCCAGACCCAGCUCCAGGCCUUUACUCCAUCCAGACCCAGCUCCAGGCCUUUACUCCAUCCAGACCCAGCUCCAGGCCUUUACCCAGACCCAGCUCCAGGCCUUUACUCCACCCAGACCCAGCUCCAGACCCAGCUCCAGGCCUUUACUCCACCCAGACCCAGCUCCAGGCCUUUACUCCACCCAGACCCAGCUCCAGACCCAGCUCCAGACCCUUACUCCACCCAGACCCAGCUCCAGGCCUUUACUCCACCCAGACCCAGCUCCAGGCCUUUACUCAAUCCAGACCCAGUUCCAGACCUUUACUCCACCCAGACCCAGCUCCAGGCCUUUACUCAAUCCAGACCCAGCUCCAGGCCUUUACUCCACCCAGACCCAGCUCCAGACCCAGCUCCAGGCCUUUACUCCACCCAGACCCAGCUCCAGGCCUUUACUCCACCCAGACCCAGUUCCAGACCCAGCUCCAGACCCAGCACCAGACCCUUACUCCACCCAGACCCAGCUCCAGGCCUUUACUCCACCCAGACCCAGCUCCAGGCCUUUACUCCACCAGACCCAGCUCCAGACCCAGCUCCAGACCCAGCUCCCCACCCAGCUCCAGGCCUCCACCCAGACCCAGCUCCAGACCUUUACUCCACCCAGACCCAGCUCCAGACCCCAGUCCUGCUCUAUACCUCUACAGCCCCAGUCCUGCUCUAUACCUCUACAGCCCCCAGGUCUGCUCUAUACCUCUACAGCCCCCAGUCCUACUCUAUACCUCUACAGCCCCCAGUCCUACUCUAUACCUCUACAGCCCCCAGUCCUACUCUAUACCUCUACAGCCCCCAGUCCUACUCUAUACCUCUACAGCCCCCAGUCCUGCUCUAUAUGUCUACAGCCCCCAGUCCUGGUCUAUACCUCUACAGCCCCCAGUCCUGGUCUAUACCUCUACAGCCCCCAGUCCUGCUCUAUACCUCUACAGCCCCCAGUCCUGCUCUAUACCUCUACAGCCCCCAGUCCUGGUCUAUACCUCUACAGCGCCCAGUCCUGCUCUAUACCUCUACAGCCCCCAGUCCUGCUCUAUACCUCUACAGCCCCCAGUCCUGCUCUAGUCCUCUACAGCCCCCAGUCCUGCUCUAUACCUCUACAGCCCCCAGUCCUACUCUAUACCUCUACAGCCCCCAGUCCUGGUCUAUACCUCUACAGCCCCCAGUCCUGCUCUAUACCUCUACAGGCCCCAGUCCUGCUCUAUACCUCUACAGCCCCCAGUCCUGGUCUAUACCUCUACAGCCCCCAGUACUGCUCUCUACAUCUUCCUCAUCACAGAACAUCCAGACCUCUUCUCCAUCACAAAACAUCCAGACCUCUUCCUCAAUUUCAGAACAUCCAGUCCUCUUCCUCAUCACAGAACGUCCAGACCUCUUCCUCAUCACAGAACAUCUAGACUUCUUCCUCAAUCAAGGAAACAUCCAGACCUCUUCUCCAUCACAGAACAUCCAGACCUCUACCUCAUCACAGAACGUCCAGACCUCUUCUCCAUCAAAGAAAAUCCAGACCUCUACCUAA